AUGGACAUGGUAUUCUCAAGCCUCGAUGAUUGUUAUUCAAUGUAUGUUAAGUAUGCCAAGGAGUGUGGGUUUUCAGUUAGGAAAGGGACUACAAAGACAAACUCUAAAGGUGUCUUACAUAUUAAGUAUUACUUGUGUACGAGAUCUGGUUUAUACAAGGACAAGAAGGUUGAUACGUUGGACCCCAAUCAAAAGGAGCGAUUAGUGCGAUCCAACUUUUCAAAGAGGACUGAUUGUGGUGCACUGUUAUGUGUACUUUUUGAGGCUGGAUCAUGGAAGGUGUAUAAGUUUGUCAAGGAGCACAACCAUAAUCUUGUUGAACGUCCUGAUAAGCAUUGUCUUCCAAUUGAACGACAACUCACUCAGCUCCAGAAGCAUGUUAUACACAGCAUCUCUAAGCUGAACUUGGGUCCCGUCAAGGCGCUUAAUGUUAUGAAGACUUGUUUUGGCGGUUUUGAAGAUGUGGGUGCAAGUAAAGUUAAAUUUAAGAACUAUAAGAGAUACUCUAUGGUGGUUGUACCGUUCACGGGUAUAGACAAUCAUCACUGCAAUGUUACAUUUUCUCAACCAAAAGUUGUUGUCACUGACCAAGAUCCAGCAAUGAAGAAGGCUAUUUCUGCUGUUGGUGUUAGGCUAUGCAAUUCCACCAAUUUUAAAGAACGCAUUUGUGGUGUUGUGUGGAUGGAUAUUCUCACACUUGAAGAGUUUGAAUCAGAAUGGGAAGCGGUUAACGUAGAGUUCAAUUUAGCAGAUAAUAACUGGCUAUCUAAUAUUUUUGCACUCAGGGAAUCUUGGAUCCUUGCAUACUAUAGAAUGGAGGAGAUGUCGGGUCUUAUGCGAACGACAUCGAGGUCGGAGAGUGAGAAUCAUUUUUUUGGUCAAGUGUGCAAUUCGAAAGAUACUCUUGUUGAGUUCAUGACUCAUUAUGAAACCGCAAUAGAAGCACAGCGUCACUCACAUCGGAAAAAUGAUCAUGAAUCUCGAUACAAACGACCCGAGUUGAAGAGUAAUUACCAAUUGUUGGAAGGGCAAGCUGUUGACAUAUACACAAAAAGUAUUUUUUGUGACGUUCAAGCUGAGCUGAUUGGAAUUGCGGAUUGCAUAAAUCAACGUUACGAAGAUCAGCCCGAUGGGUUUGUUAAGUUUUACAAAAAUGACUUCCAGCAGCCUUGUACAUCCUUAUUUGAGACAAACAUUCUCUGCAUGGCGUUAUAG